AUGUCUGGCAAACUCCAGCCAGACAUUGCUGUUCUGCCCACCCAGAACUUUCAAAAACGUCGUACUCCACUUGCUCGCGCAGAAGCAUCUCGUAGACUCCGCACACAAGGACAAGAUGUCAAAACAUCCAAGAGUGUUAAUAUCGCCCUUAAGGAGAUUUCAACUGGUGUUAAUGCACCUACCGUGACUCCAAAAGUUAGGUAAGUCCGAAACUUAUCUUCCAAAUCUGCCUCGCUAUUUCUCUUGAUUUCCAUUGACACAGGUACUAACACCAUAUCAGAGAGCUGCUUAAGGAAUUCAUUCUCUUUCCAGAUCUUGCUGCCGAGCUGAGGAUUAAGAUUUGGGGACUUGUAGCUCGAUCCGAGUCACGCAUCUUUGAGCUAGUGUUCCACCCUCUCACGAAACAAAGCCACCACAUCUUCAAAGUUUCAAAGCAAACCAACCGUGUUCCAGCAAUUAUGGAAACCAACAGGGAGUCGCGAGCAGAGGGAGAACGAAUUUUUGAAAGGAGAAUUUUCUGCAACUGGAGCGACGUUUGUGGCUUUUCCACUUUAGAUACCAUCUAUUUUGGGGAGAGCACAUGCAUUAGAACGGUCGUCGACUUUUUCCAUAUAUUUGGAAAAACGAGACUUCCUAGGAUAGCUAUGCUAUGCACUGAGAAUAUUCACACAAAAUGCGACUGGGACAAUCUCAACCACCUUUUCCUUGCAACAGGUCACGGUGCAAAGUUUAUUCGUGGUGGCUGCACAAAUAUUCAGGCUCUUCAUGGGAUACCGGAAGAAAUUACAUUGAAUGACAUGGUGCCAGGCUCAUAUAGCACCAGAGAAGUCUUCAUUGUGAUUAAGUCAGAAUGUGACCAAUAUGCUGCAGGAACAAUGCCGAAUACACUCAGCUUUCGACCUGCCCUCCAUGACGGCCUAAGGUGGGAUGAUAGGAGAGUGAGAUACAAUUGGACAAUGAACAUCGAUUGCAUCAAUCGUGGCUUCGAUAUCGGGUGUGGGUCAAAUCGAUGGACGAAGAGAAACUGCCCUGAUUUUAAAUUUGUUUCUCUGGCUCCUGAAAUUAACACUCGUAAAGGCCAUAACCUCAAACAUGACGGAAUGAUGGUUUCCAUUCACGAUAUUCAAAAGCUGGUUGCAGAUAGCGGAAAAUUCAUUGCUGAUCUGGAAAAUCGUACGGGCGUUGACAUCCAUUUCCCGAAAGACCUAUGGAAAUACCAAUACACAGCCAUAGGUAUGGGCUCGCAAUCCACAAGCACGAUUGAGUUUGAAAUCGGCUUGUACAAUGGUACUCAUGAAGCAAUUGAAAAAUGCAAGGAAGAGAUCCAGGUAAAGAUAUGUCGGCAUACCCAUACCAACCGAAGCACUCAUCUUAAUUCCUGCUGACUGUUUUUUAGCUUGUUCCAUGGCACGAGAUCCCUAAAGAAAAUUGA